AUGUUCGAUGGUAAUUAUCAUUUCAUAUUCAGGAAGAUGAAAGGAGUCUACAUUUAUUUGAUUAUUACCCUAUUAGACUGCUUAUUUAUAACAUCAUUCUUAGUAUUAGAAUAACAGGAAUACCAUUUAUACAUAUACUCCAAUGCAUUCCUGUUUAUUGCGAUAAUAGUCGAUAGCUAUUCACAGUAUUCUAACAGAGACAUUUUGGAAUCAUUGAAAACAUUGAAAAGAACAUUAGCAAUUGUUAGAUUAUAUAUUUUGAUUUGUUCGAUAUUCGUGAGUUUAAAAUUGGAUAAGCUAAUAAAUUGGGACUGGAGUGCUGUGCUCUGGAAUUUAUGGUUGGGUCUCUUCUGUUCAAUAGGCAUCGGUGUCGCCUGCUCAAUAGUAACUUUCAAUAAGAUUGUUCAAUAUUUAUUUGACAAAUCAAGCUAUAAAAAAUCAAAAAUAAUCUUCUACAUCUGGCUAACUCAAUUAAUAAUAUAUGUCUCAAUAUGCAUAGGUCUCAUAUCCUUUGGUUACCUAGAUUUCUUAUCCAAGACUGUAAAUUACACAAAGAAAUUCUUAAUUCUUUAAUAUUUCCUUUUGGCUGAACUUGUAAUCAUAAUGUUCUAUUCUAUUUAUUUCCAUAAAGAAAUUAAGGAAUACAUUUUUAGUACUCUCCAAGAUGACGAGCCAUUAACUAACCAACAACAAUAAUCUGCGAACACUCAAGGAAACAACCAAACAUUAUAGAUCUUAAACACUCUUUCAUCAAGAACAAGAGUGCCUCAAGUAAUGUAGAAGAUAUCGAAAGCUUACUUUAGUAUUCCUAAAAGACAACAUAGUAUUGCUCAGGAUUCCAUUUAUGGAUCUCCUGUUCUAAAGAAAUUAUCAAAAGGACACAAACGAGCUUUCUCAAGUUAAGGCGUGGGUUCGUAAAUGCUUCAAGAGAUAGAUUUUAAGAUAUUUGAAAAAUAAUCAUGCACAAUUAAUUAAGAAUUUGCUAAUAUCGUAAAAUCUUAGGUAGACAAAAAAAAAAGUAAUUCUUAGUUAAUAAGUGCUGAUAGGGAUGAAUCUAUUCAAAAUUAUAAACCCGAUCUUAGUUAGAAUAGCAAUAUUUGCAUCGUUUGUUAUGAGAGGGGGCCUAAUGCAGUGUUUAUGAAUUGUGGACAUGGUGGUGUUUGCUAUUAAUGUGCAAUUGAUAUUUGGAAAUAAAAAACUGAAUGCUAUUUAUGCAGAGAUAAAAUUAUUUAUAUCGUGAAAGUUGAUCUUGAUGAAAGAGUAGGCGAUCUUUUCAAAGUUGUUUCAACCACUUAAAUGAUAGAUUAAUUUAAAAAAUGA